AGGCGUAUCGAAGGGGACGGCCAGAGAACAAGCAUACGCUUCGAUAUUUCCGGGGCACGUCGUGAUCCCGGUCUCAUUUUCAACCAAGCAAGUGAAGGGGUUGGCAUAAUCGUGUGGACAACAACCUUAAGGUUGAACACUUUCCCUCGUAGCACACAUAAUCUGUAGAAGGUCCACAGGUCUGUGCUUUGCUACCGUGUGCUCUGUCUGCCACGAGCGGAUUCGGCGUAUGCGGGCGACCUGGGCAACGGCCAACUCUCACUUCUCGGCGACUCGCUACCUUGCGGCCACCUUGCUCUUCUUCGCGCCGCACGCAGCUCUCCCAGCGAAAGCCCUGCCAGAAACCCCGAAGCUUGUUCGACGGCAACUCGCCUUCGCUUCCUCUCAACGCCAACACCUGCGUGGCUGCAGCAGUAGCAGCACCACCUCUAGCAGCAUCAGCAGGGCUAGAGUGGGGAGUAGCAGCGGGGCCACUAAGGGUACUGUACGAGCCGGUUCCACGGCAGCAACGGUGACCGGUCGCAAUACUAUGGACGGAAGCAACAGCAAUGCGCAAGAGUUGCCGAGUCUGCCGAGCUUCCUCGAGACGUGUUCCUCCAAGGCGAGGAGGCAACAACAGGGCCACGCCAACGCUGCGAAAGGAACCGCAGAGACAGAGACACUGCUGUUUCACGUCUUCUCGGGCAACGAAGCGUGCGACGCCGACAGCAUGUGCAGCGCUAUCGGCAUGGCCUUCUUGAAGCAGGCAACGGCCGCCCUUGCCGCUGAGGAUGAUGGUGGUGAUGUCGUUCAUGUUCCGGUGAUGCCGAUCCCGCGGAGAGACCUGGCGCUGCGGCGUGAGGUGCUAGUGCUGUUCGAACUGUGCGAUGUCGAUCCCUCGGCGAUUGUAUUCGCCGACGAGCUUGACUUGCACGCGUUGCAGGCGGAAGGAAGACUUCGACUUACCUUGACGGACCACAACGCCGUGUCUGGGGGGCUCUCUGGACUGGGAGACGCCGUCGUCGAGAUCGUCGACCACCACGUUGACCUCGGAGAACACCCCAGCGUCCAAGGAAGCCGCAGGAACGUCGCCUUCGAAGCGAAUGAUGGGGGCGGGAAGGCGCUGGUGGGCUCCUGCUGCACGAUCGUUGCCGAGAGGAUGCUCGACCAGGCGCCGGCGUUGCUCUCUUCGGACGUUGCUCAACUUCUGUUAGGCGUGAUUCUUGUGGACACGCUAAACCUCGACAUGGAGAUCAAACGGGCGACGAGUCGAGAUAUCGCCGCUGCACAGGAGCUGUCUCGCCGGGUGUCGUGGUUGCCACCGGUUGCGCAAGAUUCUGGGGAAUGUUCUCCCUCUUCUGCACGUCGCUGCUGUACCACGGCGGACGAGUUGUUCGAUACCCUGCGAAACGCUAAGUUUGAUCCGGCGUUUUGGAGGGAGAUCUCUGCGACCGACACUCUGCGCUACGACUACAAGAGUUUUCAUGCGGCAGGCGAGAGCGGCGGGACCUCCCGUAGUCAUGACGACCGUCAAGACCACGACAAGCCGCCCCGUCCGCUGAAGUUUGGAAUGAGCUCUACCCUGUGCCGGCUGGAGACGCUCGCGGAGAAGGGAGGAUACGAAGGAUUCGGCGAUGCCAUGCGCACGUUUGCGGUCUCCCAGGGGGUGGACUCGCUGGCAGUGAUGACGAGUACUCUGGACGAAGAGGGAAACAUGCAGAAGGAACUGCUCAUCUUCACCCACACCAAGCUACGGGGCGACCAGAUGCGGGAGUACCUCGAAGGCGCCCACGGGGAGUUCCUAGAGCUAGAGGCGGCAACGCCACCAGGAACUGAUUUCGGCGGCCGCGGUGACGAAGUAGAGGGUUCAGAAGAGGGGGCCCGCGGAUGGUUUUUGCGGUGGGAUUUGAGGAACGUCAGGGCCUCGAGGAAGCAGGUUGCUCCCGUUAUCGCGUCCUUUUACGAGUCCGUUGCGGGCCGCUGAACCAAGAAGAAGGCUCCUCACAUACCACUCUGUUUGGAAAUCAUUGGGAUAAUCACGUUUGAAUCCAAAUCGUCCUUGUGUUUUCAACCAGAGGAGUGCUUAUUUGUGCUUGAAGCAAGAAUGGUGCUUGUGAGUCAAGCACGUGCGUGACCGCGUUGAAGUCUCGUGUUGCUUUCGUGACCACGUCGAUUUACGGUUUCGUCUUGAAGGGUGAGCCAUGAGUUUCGAACAUUGUUGUUGUGCGUUGUUUACUUGCUCUAACCUGCAUUGGGAGACCGGGCCGCCGAAAGCACGGAUGUAUUGGUGGCGACAUUUCCUACAUAAGUUGUUGCGAACCAGUGGUUCUUCAAUGACCCGCUAUAAAUUUUUGCGCGACUCUAGAGUUUGUGAACGAGUCAACACGUACAAUCUGUUCAGGCGUCCCCUCCCUAAUGCAAAGUAGACAGAUCAUCAUGGAAUACUCCGCAUAAGUUCUCGACGUGUUGCCACCAAGUGCGCGUAGACCUUUUUGUGUUUGUGGUCGUGCUGCCAUGAGUUGAGCCGAUGGCGAAAGGCUUCGUUGUUUUUUUGUGUUAGUGGAUGGGUCCACACGCUCCAAAGCCGC